AUGAGUCAAUUAGAAAUCUUUUUUAAAAAGAUUCAUUCUACGAUUCGGCUUCCCGAAAAAGAGGCAAGUGAAUUGCUCAAGAAACAAUUGACUAUGAACCCAAAAUCUCCUCAUCUCCCAAAACUUCAAGUGGAUCUACAGAAUCAAUCUGAACAAACCAUAAGCAAAUUCGUGCAAGAUCAACAGUUCUUUGGUGGCGACUGGGCUCGGUUCGAAAGCCUUAUUGUCAGCUAUUUAAAAUUUGUUAGAAACUUUGACCCCUGGUCGAUAUUGAAAUCCAUUGAUCUAAUGAUUAACGUUGUUGACGAGUUGGCAAGUUCUCUCAACAAACAACAGCAUUACAAGUACCUGUUUGGGACUCUUGUUGAUUAUGUCAUUCUUUUGCAUCCUCUUGUCAAAUUGGUUGAUAAAAAAUUGCUAAUUAUCAAAAAGAGGAACAGCUAUUAUCCAAGGCUUACGCAGAUGUCUACCAUUUUGCAGAAAGCUUUCAACAAUAUUAGAAAUCAAAGAGAUCCAACCGGCCAGAUAUCAAGGGACCAACAACUGGUCUUAUUCUUGCUUGGUAUAAAGACUUGCUACAUCUACUUUAACAUCAAUCAUCUCUUGAGAUGCAAUGAUAUCUUCUCCAACAUGAACGUGUUGAACUUGGACGCCAAAAUUAUCCCUAAGUCCCAGCUAAUUCAGUAUAGAUUUUUGUUGGGAAAGUUUAACUUCAUACAGAAUAACUUCAUGACUGCAUUUGUUCAAUUGAACUGGUGUUUGAACAACGCCUACAUCAAUAAUACCAAUCAUCGGACGAAAAAUAUGGAAUUAAUACUAAAAUAUCUUAUCCCCUCCAGUCUUAUAGUUGGUAAGAUACCAAAUUUGAACAUCCUGAACCAGCUGCUGUCAUCUCAAGAGGCACACCCUCUGAUUGAGCUUUAUCGACCACUGAUUUCAACCCUCAAAAAGGGUAAUGUUUUCGAAUUCCACAAAUACCUGUUUGAUAAUGAGUCAUACUUUUUAAAGAUGAACGUUCUCCUGCCGCUACUUCAACGGUUGCGUAUUUUGCUGUUCAGAAAUCUGGUCCGAAAGCUGGCCCUUAUAGAGCCACCAGUCAACAACUCUCUGAGAUUUUCAUCCAUCAAAACAGCCCUUUUCGUUUCCAUUUCACCCAAUCAAAACGCAUACUUUCAGAACAAUUAUUCAUACCUGAUUGUUACCAACGAGUCCCAGAUAGACGACUCCUUUGUGGAGAACCUCAUGAUCAGUCUAAUCGAUCAAAACCUAAUUAAGGGUAAACUCGUCAACGAUAACCACCGAAUAAUUGUCUCCAAGGCCGAUACAUUCCCGGAGAUCCCUACGAUUUAUUCGACUAAGUUUGCCGUAGACUCGUCAUUCGAUUGGCUGGACCAAUAG